UCGGGGAUAAUAUGGCUGUUCCCAAUACCUAUGGGCUGAUCUUUGCCUGCACCUGUGGAGUGAUCCUGGGCAUUGGGCUCUGUGCCAACCUGCUGGUCUUCUCUCUGUUUGCUAAGUACAACUCGUUACGUAAGAACCGCCUCGACAUCCUCCUAUUCAGCAUGACUUUGGCCGACUUCCUCACCCUCGUACUCAUCCCCUUCACCUUGCACUCUGCCGUCAGCCACUCCUGGCCUCUGGGGGACAUCUCCUGCAAGGUCUACCAGUUCUUGCUGGCCUUCAGCCUGGCCGCCAGCACCUACUCAUUGUGUGCCGUAUCCAUGACCCGUGCCAUGAUCAUCACCAACCCGUAUCAGCCGCCCACCCUGGACCUGGUCAUCCUCAUGUUUAUCCUGGUCUGGGCUCUCAGCUUCUUCAUCAGCCUGCCGCUGCGUAUGUUUGCCACCAAAGACAGCGUGGGCUCAAGCCUGGCAAACUUCACUUUCUGCCUUCCAACCAUUCAUGAGCACCACUACCAAGUGGUCCUAAGCCAGUUUGUACUUUUCUACUUUAUUCCAAUGCUAAUCAUCGCCUUCAACUAUGUCCGGCUGGCUCUCUUUCUCCACAAGAGUCCUGUAAUGUCAUUGUCCAGUGCCAGGAACACCCGCCGUGCCUCUGUCAUGGUGUUCUUGGCUGCUGCUACUUUCUCAAUGUGCUGGCUGCCUGGUUAUGUGCUGGAGCUGUGUGUGUACCUGGGGCGGUAUCGCCAUGGACAGGCAUGGGAGACGUUUUACUUUAUCUGUACAGUGCUGCAGUACCUGCACCCCUGUAUCAACCCUGUACUCUAUGUGCUGCUGUCAAAGCGCUACUGCCACAGGAGGGCGGCCUGGCUCUUUAACUGUAACAGGAACAGAGUGCAGCCGCAGGUCGUCAGCGUCUCCACAGACAGCUUUUAA